AUGAACGCCGGUCUUGAGUUAAAUGAUUCGGGGCCUGUAAAGGUAGACCAAGAACCAGUAGAUAAAGUAGAACUUACAUCUAAUGCUUCACUAUAUACGGCCGAAGCUAUUUCUAUCGAAGAUCAUAACUUUGAGGAUUUGCCAACACCCACUUCAAACACAUACAAGGAUUAUAUAAAGAACUUGAGUAAUUCUGGCAUAAACAUAUCAGAUCUUUCACCAAAGGGAUCCUUUAAAGAAUAUCACCUUGAUGAUGAUUCAGCAAAGUCCUCAAAUAUACUAUAUACAGACCAACAUAUUGAUGGUAAGGACCCCGUAAUUAUGCAUAAUAUAAACGUUAUUACAGAGGACAGUGGUUAUUCUCGACCAGAAACUCCUUAUAAUAAAUUUUUGGAACGUUUAAAGCAUCAUUCUUGUAUUGAUAUUGUAAAUGCAAUCAAAGGGCUAAUUGUAAUGCUGCCUGGUACCAUGUCAAGAACUGAGGUUGCUGCAAUUACACAUAAUUUUAUCGACAUUUACACUCCAAAAUUAAUAUCCCUGGGUGUAUUUGAGGACAUGAGUGAUAAUGACUUUGUGGAUGUUAUUGAAGGAUUUGAAAAGUUUACAAUUCAAAAGUUAUAUCCACAGUGCUAUCGGAUGGACCCAAUGGAUCCCAUAGAAGAUGAACUUUUGGAUAUACAGAUAAAAUGUCUAAGCUGGAUAAAGCCACAGCACUUGGAAAUUUCUGUUUCCGGUGAUCAUGAUAUUUUGGAAGAUGCGCAAACGCAAUUGAAAAAUAUUCACAAAUACAAGGCCCCAAGGGAUAAGCUUAUUGCAAUAUUGAAUACCUGUAGAUUAAUUGUUUACUCGAUUCAGAAAAUAUCGAACCGGGAUGUGAGUGCGGAUGAAGCGUUUCCGUUAUUGAUAUAUACUAUAAUCCGUUCCAACCCCAGGGAGUUACACUCUUCUAUAGAGUUUAUUCAAAAUUUUAGACAUCCUAGUCGCCAUGUCUCUGAAGAGGCAUAUGCAUUUACCUUGUUGGUAUCUGCAGUUGAAUACAUUCGUGCAAUAGGAAAAACUGCACACUUGAAGCUUAGUAGUGAAGAAUUUGAAUCACUUUAUGAUAAAUGUAAAAUUAAUUAUAAAGACCGACUAGAAGAACUUAAUAUAAUGAUAUCAGCCAAACCUGAAAACGAACCCACCCAAGGGGAUUCAUUAAUCAAUCAAUUGAAAAAAUUUGCAUCUCCUAGGAUAUCAUUCAAAAUGCCAUUAUUCAGCAGAACUAGUUCUAAGUAUGUCCAAGAAAUUAUGGAAACACUAGAUUAUUUGGAGAGCUAUCUGGUGGAUCUUCCUCUAAUAUAUCAACAUGAUGAACAUUCUACAAUCGACUCUCCUGCAUUAUUGAGUGACUGGAGAGCAUUAACUGCCAUGAGAAAACAUGUCAUAGAAACAAUCGCAAAACUACGUACACAAGUUGACAAAUUGUUAUAA